GAAACAAUCUGAAAGAAAUCACAAUGACGACGGUGAUGAGAAAUAGUAGCGAUAAGUAAAGAGAAGAAGGGAAAGAAAAAAACAACAAAAGAGACGGCGAAUAGUCGGAUCGUACAGCCUACCCCCGAGAAUUUCGAUUGGCUGUCGCCAAAGAGAGUGGGGUAUUACGAGAAUUUGUAGUAGGAGGUAGGGGUUGUUGAAUGAGUAGCGGGACGCUCAGCCUUCCAACGCACUUGGUCGCAUCCACCCCAACGGAUAGCCGGCAAACCGUACCGAAACCGCCCCGGUAUUUGCUCCGAGAGAGAAAGAGAGAGAGAGAGAGGGAGAGAGAGAAAGUGUGUGUGCACACUUGGAGAGAAAGUGGACGCGUAAGUCAAUCGAACGAACGAACGAACGAAUGAUAGAGCGGCGUGUUUUCGAAGAAGAGAGACGAGGCUGCAUAAACGCAAUAUUUCGUUGAUGCAACGAUAAUACCGAGAAUUGGCAAUUAAUCGGACGACACGCUUAAAUAUCGCGAAUACGAGAUUAGAAUGGAAACAGUUUCGAGACUGCUUCUAGUAUUGAUAUUGAACAGACUGUGGGCAAUGACCGGUUAUGCGGCGCCACUAUUAGACGCGAAGAAGACUUGGAAUCGAAAUGUCCUUGCGCCCGUAAUCAAGACAGCGUGCUCUUCCGACGGACAAUGCUGGGGAUGGUUACCGAUAUCGGAAAGAUACAACAUUAUACCAAGAGAAGACGACGAUAUCUCAAGAUUGCUAUCUCGACGCCACGUUGCAAGUCCGGUACCUGAAAUUACGUUGAGAUCAUGGAGAGAUGGCACGUUGGAGGAGCCGGGACGGGAAAUUCGAGCGUCUUUGGCAACGAGCAAGCAGAUGCCUACUAAAAUGACGAAGAAAGAUGUAUUCGUAUCUCGCAGCUGGGGUGCCGGCGGCAUGCCUUUCUCCGUUUUAUAUAUGAAUCCGCAUGGCCCGCGAUCGAAUCACGCUGUUGCAACAACAUCGACGUCUCAGCGACAAGACUCGAGUGCAACGACCGAGAGUUCGAUGUCGUUCGCGGAACAUUCGCGCAUCGGCUCACGAAAUGGCCAAUCUACCGUGCAACCAAGAAAACAGUAUUGGACCAUACCGCAGCUGUUUAUAUCGUACGGCUGGGGUCCUUUUGGUAAAUAAAAACCAAGCAGCGCGGUAUCGACCGAGUCGACCUUUAAGAGAUCUCCCUUGAUGAUGAAUGAAAGAGAGAAUACAUUUUCCAGAAAAAUAUCUUGAGAAAUAAUAUCAAGUGAAUAGCAUUCGAAAAGAUAUAUAUAUAUAUACCGUAGAAAAUAUAUUGUUAAAAGAAAUUUCUUUUUGUUCCUAUACAUAUGUCGUAAAGGAAUAAAUAUUUG